CCUGUGAGGGUCUGGAGCUGGGCCCCCUCCCCACCUUGGAGGGUUCAGAGCAGACCCCGAACCCCUCUGAGGGUCUUCCCAGCUGAGCUCUGCCCAUAUGAGCUGCUCACGACCCUCCUGAAACCUCUCCCCUCAUCUCUGCUCCCUUUAGGUGGGCUCAGGGUGGGCUGGGAGGAGCCCCUUCCCCAUCACCCCCUUUCUAAAAGUGAUAGGACAGUCUCAAAGGGCUUGGAAGGGCCGGUUUUUAACAGAAACAUUGGGAUUUAGAGGCUCACAAAUGAGGAACCCCUUUGUUUCUCCUCCCACAGAGCUCUGCCUGCUUUAUAGAAUAUUUCUCAUCGCUUGGAUGCUUCAUUUUGAGCCAGUGACCCGAGCAGGAGCUGAGCUGGUCCCUUGGUGCAGCAGUUCUGGGGCUGGGGGCACAGCCCAGGUGUGCAGGAGGAGCAGCUCAUAAAGGAAAAAUCUCUGUGUUCUCCCCAUCCCCAGGCAGCCUCUCUCCCCGAGGCCCACCCAGGCCGAUGUCCCCGCUCUGAGCACACCCAGAGCGUCCCCUCAGGGCCCGGAUCCGGGGCAGGAUGAGGAUCGUGGUGGCCAAGGUGCUGUGCCUGCUGGGCAUCUGCGUGCUGGUGCUGGCCGGGGCGCUGCUGCCCGUCCGGCUCAUCGAGGCCGACCACGAGAAGGCUCAGCGCUCCCGCCGCCUGCUGGCGCUCUGGAACUCCUUCGGGGGCGGCGUCUUCCUGGCCACGUGCUUCAACGCGCUGCUGCCCGCCGUCAGGGGCAAGCUCGAUGAGGUGCUCAGGCAGAACAACGUCACCACGGACUACCCGGUGGCCGAGACCAUCAUGAUGGUCGGCUUCUUCCUGUCAGUCUUCGUGGACCAGCUCUUCCUGAGCCUGCAGAAGGAGAAGCCAUCCUUCAUCGACCUGGAGACCUUCAACGCGGGCUCGGACGCGGGCAGCGACUCGGAGUACGAGAGCCCCUUCAUGGCGUCGCCGCGCGGGCGCGCGCCCUACGGCGAGCACGGCCCGCACCCGCACGGCCUGCAGCUCCCCGAGCUGGCACGCUGCGGGCCCCGCCGCCUGCUGGGGCUGGUCUUUGCCCUCUGCACCCACUCCAUCUUCGAGGGCUUGGCGCUGGGCCUGCAGGAGGACGGCAGCAGAGUGGUCAGUCUGUUCCUGGGAGUGGCCGUGCACGAAACGCUGGUGGCCGUGGCCUUGGGGAUCAGCAUGGCCAAGGCGUCGCUGGCGCUGAGGGACGCGGCCAAGCUGGCGGUGGCCGUGUGCCUGAUGAUCCCGCUGGGCAUCGGGGUGGGCAUGGGCAUCGAGAGCAGCCGCAGCGCCGCGGGCAGCGUCGCCUCCCUGCUGCUGCAGGGCGUCGCCGGCGGCACCUUCCUCUUCGUCACCUUCUUCGAGAUCCUGGCCAAGGAGCUGGAGGAUAAAAGCCACCGGCUGCUCAAGGUGCUGUGCUUGGUGCUGGGUUACGCCGCGCUGGCCGGGCUGGUGCUCGUGCCGUGGUGAGCCGGGAGCCUCAGGAAGCCGAGGGAGCACAACCUCACCUCUCCCCUCCCACGGCGCCGGGAGGAGCCGCCCCUUUCACCGCUGGAACGGCCCAAGCCGGGCGGAGUUUCCGUGAUGACCUGCAGGAGGAGAAUCUCUUCCCGUGUGCUCAGAGUGAGGAAUAUCCCGAGGGAUUGUCCCUGCCCGAGGGGCUGCGGGGAUUAGCGGACACAAACGUUAAGGAUCUGGGUAAAUUCUGCUCCCAAGAGCUCCUCGAAUGUGUGUGUGCCUCCCUCCUUCCCCUCGGCCACGCCCCGGAGGCUCCGAGGAGGUGAGGAACAAACAGGAGUGGAGGCAGAGCAGGUGGGAGCAGGGAUUGCCAGGCUGCACUAAGCUGCUUUCGCUGGCUUAGUUGGGAGUAAAACCUGGUUGUAAGAGCUGCCAAAAAUAACAUCCCUGUGGGGCUCUGGCCUUCCAGGCCCUGCUGCCUCCACACAGCUUCCAAUGCUCCACCUGGGGUUUGGGGAGCUCAGCUUUCCCAGGGAUUCAUGGAAGAAAUGAGGCCAGGCCCCUCUACCCUGCUUCCUUCUCAAUGUUGUACCCAUAGGCUGAGCAUUCCCUAAGGAAAACUUCUGAAAAUCAGAUCAUGAAUCCCAGGAUGGUUUGAGUUGGGGAGGACCUUAAAGCCUGUCCAGUGCCAUGGGCAGGGACACCUUCCACUGUGCCAGGGUGCUCCAAGCCCUGUCCAGCCUGGCCUUGGACACUUCCAGGGAUGCAGCAGAUCCUCACCUUAUCCAGAGCCUGGAAUCCGUGAGCUUGCAGGAAUCGGGCAGUAACAAUUCCCAGCACUGAUAUUUUGGGGCAAACUCUUUGUGUUUUCAGUGCUCUGCAGUCAGGGGGGCUGAGCUGCUCCCAUCAGGGGCUGCUCCAAGGCUUUUCCAGGUUUCCAAAGGAA